AUGGUCGAAUUGAUCAGCCCUCCCGAUCCCAGAACUCUGCUUCCUCCGCUUCUUGCUUGUCUCCCCACCGCGUUUGUCUCUCCGCGCCCGCCACCAGCUCUUCUCCCGUUACUCUCUCCGAUUCUGCGGCAGCGAACGCAAUUUUUGACAUCCGUGUCCACUUCCUCCUCCGAGUCGUGGCUGCGUCUGUUAUGUUGGGACACGACCAAAGCCGAGCGUGUGCAGAGUAUCGUCGAUGAGUCCACUUUUGAACCCCACCCCGUCUCGGGCGAGAUCGACAUGCCCGAUGACAUUCCCAUCGGGUAUAAGCGCAUCGAUGACGAGACGCUUCAGGCUCGACUGUUGCUCCCCGAGUUUCACCUGACGGUCAUUUACCUAUGGUGUCCAGACGAUGAGCAGGGUGGUGGCCGGGGCUGGCGUGUCGCGGAACUACUUCCGCGAGAAGGCCCCGCCGAGGACGAUAGCUCGUGGAUGCAGUCCAUUGGCGAGGCCAAUGAGCGAGCCCAGGAGAAGCUCUUUGCCGAUGUGAUGGACGACCGACGGGAUGACCAGGCGACGUACAACAGUUCAAUCCAGAUGAACGCUGCUGAGAAUGAGGAGGAAGACGAUGAUGACUACUGGGCCCAAUACGAUGCAACACCGGGGAGCAAGACUCCGGCGCCUCGGGCAGGUGCCGCAUCCCACCAGCCGUCAGGAUUGUCAGAGGCAUCAUACUAUUCACAGUACGGAAACGUUCAACCGGCGAUGGAUAAUCAUGACCCGGGAGAAGAACAGCCCGAGGUAGGACCCUCAUCACUGAACGGCGAUAUGCUUGCCAAUCUGCUGCGACGGCAGGUCCAUGACUCGGUUCCAGCUUCGUCUCUCGCUCGUACCAACGGCUAUGCCGCGGGCGAAGAACCUGGCGAUGCGGCGGCCCGCUCUCUCAGUCACCCACGCCCUGCGUCGGUGUCAUCGAGUGGCACCGAAGCAGUCGCAAAGCUGGAACAAGAGGCGGAGAGUCAGAGCUCAUACGAAGUCGGAGUCAAGCAGCACAUUGGUACCAGCAUCAAGAGUCUGUUCAGACUGGCCAAGGCGACUGGCAUGACGCGUGCUGAAUUCCAGAGCAUGGUGCGCACUGAGCUAGAGCUGCUGGAGGUGACCGAUGCCGAUGAGUAA